AUGGCAGUUCUGAGAGAUCAUUAUUUUAAAUUAGGUUCUGAAUUACCUAAAGAACGUUUAAAUGCUGCUACUCUGUUAAUUUCUGAAUUAAUUGCUACAGAUAAUGAAGAAGAAUGGUCAUAUGCUUUAAAUAGAUUAUUAAAAGGGAUUUUAACUACUAGACAAGCAGCAAAAUUUGGAUUUAGUAUGGCAUUAACUGAAGUUGUUAAUGAAUUAAUUAAUCGGAAUAUUUUAACUGUUGGUAAAUAUUUAAAUUUACUUGUUGAAACUACAAAAAUUACUAGUUCAAUGAAAGGUAAAGAACAACGAGCAAUUUUAUUUGGAAGAUUAUUUGGUUUACAAGUAUUAAUUAAUUCUAAAAUUAUUAUAUUGAAAAGUGAAUUAAAUGAUAUGUUACAAUUUGUUGAAAUUUUAAUGGAAUUAAGUAAUUAUAAAAAUUGGAUUCGAGAAACUGGAAUUUUCACAUUAAUACAAUUUAUAAAAUUAUUAGAUAAUAUUGAAUAUCGUGAAAAAAUUUAUAUUAAAAUAUUAAAUUUAAUUAAUAAUUUUGGAUUAAAUUUAUCUACUGAAGGUUUAGCAAUUUAUUUAUCAAUUCCACAAAGUGGUCAAUUAUCACAAAAUAUAUCUAAUAUAAAACCAAAUUGGAAAAAUGGUGAUCCUUUUUAUAAGGGGAAUUUACCAAUAUUAGCUAAAGUUUUAAAAGAUGUUGAAGUAAUUAAUGAUGAAGAAACGGAAACAGAAACAGAAACAGAAACACAAACGAAGAAGACGAAGAAGAAUAAGAAUAAGAAUCAACAAAAGAGUAGUUGGAAUUCUCGUUUACCAUUUGUUUGGGAUUUAAUUGUUGCCAAAUUUAAUCAAUUUGUUGUUGAUACCAAUAUUGAAGAUGAAUUACAAGAUCUGAUUAGUAUUUCAAAAAAAAGAAAGAAAACACCACCACAAAAACAUGUUAGUAAUAAUAAACGUGCUAAAAUAGAACCAGAAUAUAUUUCUUUAAAAGAAUUUUGGAAAGUUGUUAUUGAUGAAACAUUAUUUUCAGAAAAAUCAUCAAAUGAACGUAAAUAUUGGGGGUUUGAAAUAUUUAUUAAAUUUAUCACAUCUUUGGAAUCAUCAUCGUCAUCAUCGUCAUCAUCGUCAUCAUUAGUUGAAUAUUUAUUUACUCCAAAUUUCAUGAGAUGUUUAAUCAAUCAACAUGCAUCAUCAACAAGAAUGUUAUAUAAGAUUGCUCAACAAACUUUGAAAACUCUUGUGAAAACCAUUCAACAAGAACCUAAUUCUGAAUUGGGUCCUAUAGUUUUACUGUGUUUAUUAGAUGAAUCAAAAGGUGGAUGUUGGAAUUUUGAUUUAAUUAGUAAAUCUCAUACUAUUGAUGAAAUUUUACAAAUAAAAUCUAAUGUUAAUCAAUAUAUCAAUAUUUUAUUAGAAAAUUUCAUAAUCAAAUUACAAACUCAAAUUGUAUCAGAAGACAGUAAUAACACCAACAAUAAAAAUUCAAAUGAUAAUAUUUUAAAAUGGUAUUUAGAUAAAAUUGUUUCCUUAAUUAAACAUCAUAACAAUAACAAUAAUAAUAAUCAAUUCAAAUUAUCUGAUACUAUAUUGGAAUCAAUAUUAACUAAAUUACUUCAAUAUUCAUUUUUUGAUACCAAAGAAAUUAAAAUAUCAAAAUUUUUACAAUCUAUUUGUAAAGAAAAAUUUAAUUCAAUAUUAUCAGAAAUUAUUACUUUAAAACUUGAAAAUAAAAUUUAUAAAACUUGGUCGACAUUUUGUUAUCAAAUAAUUGAAAAAUUAUCACAACUCCCAAAAAAUAAAUGUCUUGUUGAAUUUGAUGAUGAAAUAUCUAUAGUUAAACAAGAAACUGAACAAUUAUUAUCAACAAUUAUUGAAUUAAACACUAAUUUAACAUCAUCAUCAUCAUCAUCAUCAUCAGAUAAAUUAUAUAUAUUUGAAUUGAUGUUUUCAAUGUGUUUGAUACAAUUAUAUAUGGAAGAUGAAGAAACUAUUCAAGUAAUUAAUGAAUUGAAAUUAGUAUUUGAAAAUCAAUUUUCUCCAAAAGAUGAUGAUACCAACAACAACAACAACAACAACAACAACAACAACAACAACAACAACAACAACAACAAUGAUGAUAAUGAUAAUGAUGAUGAAAAUAAAAUUGAUGAUAAUUUAGUUUUAACGGAAAUUGUCUUGAGUUUUAUUUCUAGAAAAUCUACUUUAUUUAAAAAAUUAUCAGUUUUGGUUUGGGAAAAUUUUUUAUGUCAAGUUGAUGAUAUGGGGAAAUUACGUGUUAAUGAAGGUUGUUUUAAAUUAUUAUUUGAUGUAUUAGAAGCCAAAGAAAAUAAACAAGGUCAAGAAAAACUUUUUGAAGGAGAUGAGGAGUUUCAAGAAGAAGAACAGGAGGAAGAAGAGGAGGAGGAAAAUGAAGAAGCACAGGAUGACAAACUGAAUGAAAAUAGCGAAAUUGAUAGUGAAAGUGACAGUGACAGUGACAGUGACAAUGACAGUGAUGAUGAUGAUGAUGAUGAUGAUGAUAGUGAGUUGGAUAAUAAUGAAGACACCAUCGCUGAAAUAGAUAAACAAACUAAUUUGAAAUUAGCUCAAGCUUUAGGAAUUCCAACAAAAGAAUCUGGUGAAGUUAAAUUUGAUGAAUUGGAUGAUCUUUCAUCUGAUGAUGAUGAUUAUGAAUCAGAUUCAAUGGAUGAUGAACAAAUGAUGGCUAUGGAUGAUCAAUUAUCCAAAAUUUUCAAACAACGUCAAGACACAAUAAUUAAUUUAUCUACUGGUAACAAACGUAAAUUGGAAGUUUUAGAAGCUAAAGAAAAUAUGAUUUUUUUCAAAAAUCGAGUUUUAGACUUGUUAGAAACAUUUAAUAAAGUUGCAAUAAAUCUGCAUUAUAAUUUAACAUUUAUUAAACCAUUAAUUAAUUUGAUGAAUUUAACUUUAGAUAAAAAUUUGGGAAUUAAAGCUCAUAAAUUAUUGAAAAAUAAAAUCUCCAAAACUAAAAUUGAAAAUGAAGAAUUAAAAAAGUACUACAAUGAUGAUGAUGAUGAUGAUAAUAAUCUAUCUGAAUAUUACCAUCACUUGAUCAAUUUAAUUGAAGAAUUACAAACAAAGGCAAACACUAUAAAAUCAUCUAAUCAAUCAGUUGUACAAAGUUAUAAUCAAAGUUGUAUUAUUAUUGCCAAAAAUUUGUUGAAUUUAGAUGAAUCAAAUAUGCAAGCUAUUGUUGAUAUUUAUUGUAAAUCAUUAAAACAAUGGUGCUUACAAUCGGAAAGUAAAUUACAACCUUCUUUGUUUUUCGAUUUUAUCAAUUGGAUCAACAGUAAGAAGAAUAAUGCUUGUCAUAAUUCAAAAACCAAAACCAAAACCAAAACCAAAACAAAUACCAAAAACAGUAAACCCUAA